AUGCGCCUCUCCCCGCGACGCGACUCUCAGCGCAUGCAGUGUCUCCUGUCUCCGCCUCGCCUCCGUUUCCCCGCUUCCCCUCGGCGGUUUCCGGGCGACGCGGAGGGACGCGGCAACUUCAGCGGCCUCCAGCAACUGCGCGACAGCCGCGAGGAGAGAUUUGCCGCGCUCAAGAGCAUGCGCGAGCAAGAGACGCCUCGCUUCCAAGCAGAUGACUGGACGCCGGACCAGCCGCUUCUCGAGAUCAAAGACUUGAGAGUCGAGGCCGCGGAAGACGGACAAGAAAUCCUCAAAGGCGUCAACCUCACGGUGGCUGCUGGAGAGGUGCACGCCAUCAUGGGGCGAAACGGAUCUGGAAAGUCUACUCUCUCCAAAGUGCUGGCAGGGUACCCGAGCUACCGAGUCACUGGUGGCGAAAUCCGCUACAAAGGCCUCGACCUGCUCGAGCUGCCGAUCGACAAUCGCGGCCUCGCCGGUCUUUUCUUGGCCUUUCAGUACCCGAUCGAAAUCCCUCUCGUGAGCAAUCUCGAGUUCCUCCGAGUCGCGUUCAACGAACGACGAAAGUGGAAGGAGGAGCCCGAGGUCGACAGCUACGAAUUCCGAGAACUCGUGGAAGGCAGACUGAAGGACGUCGGCCUCGACCCUUCAUUUCUAGAUCGCCCUUUGAACUACGGAUUUAGCGGAGGGGAAAAGAAGCGAAACGAGAUCCUGCAGAUGCUGGUCCUGGACCCCGAACUCGUCAUGUUGGAUGAGACGGACUCCGGGCUCGAUGUUGACUCCUUCAACAUCACCGCGACCGCACUCAAACGCUUUUCGAAACGCCCAGGGAAGUCGUUCCUUGUCACGACGCACUACAAGAAGCUGCUGGACGUUCUUCAGCCGCACAAGAUCCACGUGAUGCACGCCGGGCGAAUCGUCCUUUCCGGCUCUCUGGACCUCGCAGGGCGGAUUGAAGCAGAAGGUUUCCAAGCUCUGGUUGGGGCCGCGGCAGAGGGAGAAGAGGAGGAGGAGCGCGAGAGAAGCAACGAAAGAGAGACCGCAGACCGCGAGAGCGCAGAAGUUGAAAUCGAGUCCUCGCUGUCUCCGUCAGCCGCCGGAGGCGGCAGACGCAAUCUCGACCGCCUGCUCUAA